AUGAAAAUUGUUCAUCCACAAUAUCCUAAUGUUAUAAUCACCACUCGACAUUUACUUACACAUACAUCUGGUAUUGGAACAAAUUUUGAAGAAGAACUUACGCAUUAUCUUCCUGGUGAUAGUUUUAGACAAACUAAUCUUGGCAAAGUUAUUCAGAAAUACUUGAGUAAUGAAAAAAGUUGGUUACCUAUACCAUCUGGAAAUAAAACAUUUUAUUCAAAUAUGGGUGCAAGCAUAGCUGCAUUCAUUGUUGAACGUGUGGCCGGAGUAUCAUUCGAACAUUAUGUUCAAGAUAAAAUAUUAAAACCAUUAGGUAUUGAUGAGAAAAAAGGAGGUUAUCGAUUAAGUAAUUUUCAAGACAAUAAAAAGAAUCUUGUUGAUCAUUAUAUAUACAAUGCAUUAUGGCUAGGUGUCUACGAAAAACUGGCACAACAGUUGAAUGCUUCUCGAGUAAGUUUCUUGCAACAUAAAAAAAGCAACUAAUGAUGUUUCUGUGGUUUUUUGGCCAAGUCUAUAUCAGAUUUUUGUUUUUAUUAGGCAGGAAACUUCUCAGAUUGGUUGUACAUUCCUUUUUAUGGUUCAAGUAAGGUGCCAGUAAUGCAAAGUUUCCACAAAAUUUUUUUUUUCUUUUUUCACAUAUAUUCUGAUUCGUCCUGAGUUGCUGAUCACGAAUAUCA